ACCACCUUUGCUUCUCUUCGAUUCAGUAAUUCUCGAAUCCCUUUUGGGUCUGAUUCCUACAUCUUUCUGCAACAAAAAUAUCCAAACUUUGAACAAAGACUGCAGUUUUCUUGUGGGAGAAAAUUCAAUUGAAUCAACAAAACUAAGGGAGAAGAACAAAGAGAAUGGGAAGGGAACAAGAAAUGGGUGGUGACCAAGGCAGAGUAGAAAAGGAAAGCACUGCCAGUACCUCCUCUCCUUCAUCGACUGAGUCUUUGCUGUUUGCUACUUUGUGCCUUAUUGGUCUCCCUGUGGAUGUGCACGUUAAAGAUGGGUCUGUAUAUUCUGGAGUUUUCCACACUGCUUCAGUGGAGAAGGGUUAUGGCAUUGUUUUGAAGAAAGCUAAAUUAACUAAAAAGGGUAGAUGUAAAUCAAAUGUGGCAAGUGGGGAUGUUGUAGAGACGCUGGUAAUCCUCCCAGGUGACUUUGCUCAACUCGUUUCCAGGGAAAUCCUGCUCUCAGUUGAUGGCGUUGCUGGCAAUGUAGCCGGUGAUAAUGCAGAAGCCCAGGGCAUUGUACCAUUUUCUAAUGGUUUACCGGCUAAGGCAAAUAAACCUAGAAAAUCUGUCAUUGAUAAAAGGACAAAUACUAAGAAAAGGAGUUCAAUCCAAAAUGAGAAUGAUAUUGCUAAUGGUUUUAUAUGGACAAAAGCUGGGAAGGAGAAUGAGGGGGAAAAGUUGCUGCCAGAUCACAUGGGGUAUGGCAAGGGACGUGAGUUUGAGAAAAGAGAUGGGACAAUCACUGGCCAGAGCAAAGAAACCAAUGGUGCUCCAUUUGCUACAAGGCAUGAUAUCAAUCUCCUUUCUCAUUCUGCCAGACAGGUUGAAGAUGACAUGAUGCAACCUUUGCAGGAUGAUUUUAACCAGAAGUUUGUGUCUAAUGUGAAAGAAAGUUCUGGGGAAGUUGAAGGUUCAAACCCAAGCUCUGAAGCCUGCCCUAUCCCAGUAAAACCCAUCAGGGAAGGAAAUGCAGAGAAGACAUGCAAGCUGUUGCACUUUGGAGCAUCUCAUGAGGCUACUGCAGUCAUUAAACCACAAUCCUUUGAGAGGUCAGCAGACACUUUCCAAGAUGCUGUCCACUCAAGUGUUUCAACUUCUUCAACUCCAGUUACUGAUGUUACUCUAGAAUCACAUGGUGCUUCACUGACAACUAUAGUUGAAAUGGUCCCUCCUCAAAAUUCAGAAUCUAAUAAAAGCUCAAAGGAAUUUAAGCUUAACCCAGAAGCAAAGAUUUUCUCUCCGUCUUUUGUAAAUCCCAUAUUAGUUGGCCCUCCUGCAGUGCCAACAGUUCCAAACACAGGUUACAUGCCAGGCAACUCUCCCAUGUUUGCUGGUGCUGGUUCACAACCAGAAGUUGGAAUGGGUCCGUUUGCUCCUCAUUCAUCUGCACCAACCAAGUUUCGACAGUACACUAACAUGACAGCUGGAAAUGGUGUCACUGGUCCUCGAUUUUUGCAACCUAUUGUUGGGCAUAUAGGAGGCAGGGCCCAGCCACUUAGAUAUGCUGGUCAGUACCAUCCCACUCAGGCUGCACCACCAGUCUUCAAUCCAAAUUCUCAAGCUGCUAUGGUUGGACGAUUGGGGCAGCUUGUCUAUAUGCAGCCAACUACUCAUGAUUUGGUCCAGGGUGCAGCAGGUAUCUCACCAAUACCUCCAAGACCUUCAUUUACUCCACACCAAGUCCAACACCAAGGAAAUUCGGCAGGCCAAGCAUUGCAGCUUUGUAUGCCUCAGCCUUAUAUGCCCCCUGGACAACAACCAUUAGCGGUACCAAGUCAAAUUCCACUUAUGCAACCUCCUUUCCCUGCUACUCGUCCCACGCCAGGGACAGCAGUAUCUAAUGGCCAUUUUGGUGCUAAGCUUCCCUAGAUAUUCUGUUACUUCAUCAGCCUUGUUUUGCAUUCUAUUUUUGAAGAUAAGAAAGAGAUUUUGGCCUAUAGGUUUUUUUCUUUUUCUUUUUCUUUUGGUCAAUUUUGUAUACUGGGCUUGAGGAGCAAUGGGACUGCUUUUUCCUAUAGAAGACCGGUGACCUAUAUUGUGAUCUAGAAUUUGUCCUUCGUUUUCAUUUUGGUGCUGAGGAAGUACCCUUUGAGCAACAUAUCCACCUAACACGGUGUCCCUUUUUCUUUUAUAUAACUGAAUUUUAUGAAAAUUUUCCUGUGUUCUUCAUUAAAUUGGUGUAAGCAUG